GUGUAUUUCUGCACAUGUGCGACUGACUCCAACUCCAAGCCACGGAUCUCUUUCCGGUUAACACGGACACGAGGCAAAAUGGGUAAACCACGAGGCCUUCGCACAGCGAGAAAACAUGUGAAUCAUAGGCGUGAGCAGCGUUGGAAUGACAAGGAUUACAAAAAGGCACAUUUAGGAACAAGAUGGAAGGCUAAUCCUUUUGGUGGUGCCUCUCACGCCAAAGGAAUUGUUUUAGAAAAAGUUGGAGUAGAGGCUAAACAGCCAAAUUCUGCUAUUCGUAAGUGUGUCAGGGUACAGCUGAUUAAAAAUGGAAAGAAGAUCACGGCGUUUGUCCCAAGAGACGGUUGUCUCAACAACAUCGAGGAGAACGACGAAGUUCUAGUGGCAGGUUUUGGUAGGAAGGGUCACGCCGUAGGUGAUAUUCCCGGUGUGCGUUUCAAAGUUGUAAAGGUUGCAAACGUUUCUCUUCUUGCUCUUUACAAAGAGAAGAAAGAACGACCAAGAUCGUAAAUUUGUACAUUUCCAGACGUAUUAAUACAAAAUAUGUAAAACUAUAAAA